CAUCCUGGUGCUUCCUGUGUAGCUGAGGGACUGACUGUACGCGGCACUUUCCUGUAUGCGGCUAACAGCGAGUUUAUGUAGUAAAAACGACGGGAACGUAUUAUCUGCUGUUGUGUAACAGCUCCGGCCACAUCAGCACUCUAGCAAAAUGGCCAUGCAAGCGCACUAUGAAGCCGAAGCCACAGAGGAAGAGCAUUUUGGACCACAGGCAAUAUCCAGAUUAGAGCAAUGUGGGAUAAAUGCAAAUGACGUCAAGAAACUGGAGGAGGCCGGGUUCCACACAGUAGAAGCAGUGGCUUAUGCUCCAAAGAAGGAACUGCUCAAUAUAAAAGGCAUCAGUGAGGCUAAAGCUGAAAAAAUCCUAGCAGAAGCUGCCAAACUGGUUCCCAUGGGAUUUACUACAGCCACAGAGUUUCACCAGAGACGCUCUGAAAUAAUACAGAUCAGUACAGGUUCCAAGGAGCUUGACAAGCUUCUCCAAGGGGGCGUUGAAACUGGUUCCAUCACAGAGAUGUUCGGUGAGUUUCGCACAGGAAAGACUCAGCUGUGUCACACUCUUGCUGUCACCUGUCAGCUUCCCAUUGAUAGAGGUGGUGGUGAGGGCAAGGCUAUGUACAUUGAUACAGAAGGAACCUUUCGUCCAGAACGUUUGCUUGCUGUAGCUGAAAGAUAUGGAUUAUCGGGAAGUGAUGUUCUUGAUAAUGUUGCUUAUGCCCGUGCCUUCAACACCGACCAUCAGACCCAACUCUUGUACCAAGCGUCGGCCAUGAUGGCAGAGUCAAGAUACGCCCUUCUUAUUGUGGACAGUGCGACUGCGCUCUACAGGACGGAUUAUUCUGGGAGAGGGGAGCUUUCAGCACGUCAGAUGCAUCUGGCACGCUUUCUUAGAAUGCUACUUCGACUCGCAGAUGAGUUCGGUGUUGCAGUCGUCAUCACAAACCAGGUUGUUGCCCAAGUAGAUGGAGCCGCCAUGUUUGCUGCUGAUCCCAAGAAGCCCAUUGGAGGAAAUAUUAUAGCACAUGCAUCAACUACACGGUUAUAUCUGAGGAAAGGCCGCGGUGAAACGCGUAUCUGCAAAAUCUACGACUCCCCCUGCCUCCCUGAAGCAGAGGCUAUGUUUGCAAUUAAUGCUGAUGGAGUGGGAGAUGCCAAGGACUGAGCUGCACAAAAUUCCUGCACUUCAGCACCAAACUUAAUGCAUUCACUUCUGAUAUGUCCUUCCUGCUAGUGGCUUGUGAUCACUCCUUAAUAUUUGGCAAACUUAAAGAUACAGGCAACACUGUUUAAGAAAAAUUCCUAUGCAAUGGGCAUUGUUUAGAGAUGCACAACAAACUGCCUGCUGCCAAGGAUGGAGGCCAACAACCAUCAGCAGUCUAUAUUGGUUUGUAUCCACCAAAGCAAAACUGCUUCAUCUAUUUACAAAUGCCUCUGUCUGUCAGGGUGAAACAUGCUGCUCCGGCCUCUGUUUCUAUAAAACAACACAUAAUAGUACAGGAGGCCGGGAUCCUGAACCACACGUAAGUAGUCUUCAAUGUACAAAGGCCUAAGACUUCAAGAUACUAACUGUCAUGUAGAAGCCUGGAAGUCAAUAGAACUCCUUUGGCAAAUGAAUGGUAUUGGAAAGGCGAAUUCUAACUAUUGGAAUCCUCCGAUCUACCAAGGAAUUAUUUCUGUGUCUGUAAUAUACAUGUUAUGAAUGUGUUUUUGAUGAGUUUCAAGAAGAUAUUUUUUUUUGUUUUUUAGUUAAAGGAUGUGAAUAAAUUGUAUAUAGAUGGAGAUGUUUAAAUAUAAGCUUCUAAAUCGCUUAUAGUAUUCCGUGAUCAUUAUUAUAAAGACUUUUUCUCAGAUGACGAGUUAAGCUGGCAACAGACGCAAAGAUCUGAUCGUACGAAUCAUCGAACAAUCGGACUUCCCCAUCUCCGACCUGCCACUAACCAUUCCGAUCAAAUAAAGUAGUAAAAGAACAGAUCAGCCGAUGUUCUGCCCCUGACAGUAAUCGUACGAAAGUUAUGUCCGACCAAAUCUAGUGACAGUCUCCCUCUGAAAAUCGUACAAUCGGCAAUAAAUGCAGCGAUAUUACCCGCAGCCGACAAAUCUUUUAACCUGUCCGAUCGACCAAAUGACCGAUCUCCACCACCAAAAAAUGUCGUGACUCUCCACACACGGUCCGAAAAUUGUACGAAUCCUCAAUUCGUACGAUCGGAUCUUUGCAUCUAUGGCCAGCUUUAUAUGGAAUGUAGUGAGUGCUGAAAUAACCCACAGUAUAAUGGUUGUCAUUAGGGAUGCACCGAAUCCAGGAUUAUGGUUUGGGAUUCUGCCUUUUUCAGCAGGAUUCGGAUUUGGCCAAAUCCGAAUCCUAAUUUGCAUAUGCAAAUUAGGGACCGGCAGGGUAAUCACGUGACUUUUUGUCACAAAACAAGGAAGUAAAAAAAUGUUUUACCCUUCCCAACCCUAAUUUGUAUAUGCAAAUUAAGAUUCGGUUCGGUAUUCGGCCCAAUCUUUCGUGAAGGAUUCGGGGGUUCGGCCGAAUCCAAAAUAGUGGUUUCAGUGCAUCCCUAAUAAACUAUGAAGCGGCUUAAAUGUUAAGUGUUAAUAUUAAAUAAAUGUUACCAAAGAUCCUUAGCAGAAUCCAUCCAGACUAUUUGUUAAACUACAAUUCUCACCGCAUGACAAGCAGAGGUUAUAGUCAAACAACAUGUGAUUAUUGAAUGCACUGGCUCAUUAUACACACAAGAUGCACAUUUAAUUUAGAUGGGGAUUUAAUUACUGGAAUGUGGGGUCAGAUGACAUCUGGAGGGCUUUAGAUCUGGUUUAAUUUAGAGGGAAUUUAGUAAAAUGAUAAUACUGUAAUUGAAGGUGUUUUUUAUUAAUCAAGCUGAGAAAUAUUUGGACCACAGAUCCCAUUUAAUUUGUACUGGCAUUAAAGUUAAGUUAUGGA